UGUCACUAGUACCAUGCCUCCUCGACGUGGGCGUCCACCUCUCUAUAGGUCAGUAGGGAGGGGAAGAGGCCGUGCUAGACUUAGUCAGCCAGAUCCCGUGGAAAGGGAGUCUGCUGCACCUACUUUUCGAGCAGCACCUGCUGUUGAGCCUACUGAGAUUCCUCCACCUCCUCCACCACCUACUGCUACUCCUGGUGUUCAUGCCAUGUCUCUUGAGGCAGUCCAGGCAUUAGCAGCUUUUCUUAAUGUCAUUAUGGGCCAAGCUCAAGCUGGUCGAGUCCCUCAUACUGUUCCCCCAGCAGUAUCUCCAGUGCCACCACCACCACCUCUUGUUCCACCACCAGUGCCAGAUGUCUCCAUUUCCAAAAAGCUUAAGGAAGCUAGGCAGCUGGGUUGCACUUCUUUUGUUGGUGAUUUGGAUGCAACCGCAGCUAAAGAUUGGAUUACUCAGGUAACGGAGACAUUUGUGGAUAUGAAAUUGGAUGAUGAUAUGAAGUUAAUGGUGGCCACAAGAUUACUAGAGAAGAGGGCUCGUACAUGGUGGAGCUCGGUAAAAUCACGUUCCAUUACUUCGUUGACUUGGAUAGACUUCCUACAAGAAUUCGACGGUCAAUACUACACCUACUUUCAUCAAAAAGAGAAGAAGAGAGAAUUCCUAAGUUUACAACAAGGGAAUUUAACCAUAGAAGAGUACGAGGCUCGUUUUAACGAGCUGAUGUCAUAUGUGCCAGACCUGGUGAAGUCUGAGCAAGAUCAAGCUAGUUAUUUUGAAGAAGGGCUCCGUAACGAGAUCAGAGAGAGGAUGACUGUGACAGGCCGGGAGCCUCAUAAAGAAGUUGUACAGAUGGCUUUAAGGGCCGAAAAACUCACGAAUGAAAAUCGGAGAAUGCGAGCUGAGUUUGCAAAGAGGAGAAACCCGAAUGUAUCCUCUAGUCAACUGCCCAAAAGAGGUAAGGACACAUUUACUUCUGAGAGUACUGUUUCUGUUCCGGUGAUAUCUCCUCGACCCCCACUUUCACAGUUACAGCAGAGACCUCCGAGAUUUAGUAGGUCUGGGAUGAGUAGUACUUCCGAGAAGAGUUUUGGAGGUUUAAAUAAAUGCGAAAAAUGUGGGAGAUAUCAUGUUGGGGAGUGUUGGGGCAUAAGAUGCUUUCAUUGUGACCAGCCGGGCCACAUUAGGAGUGACUGCCCACAGUUAGGACGGGCUACAGUAGCUGCUCCAUCCCCACUAACUCAUACGGAUAUGCAGAGGAGAGAUUCCUCUGGAGUACACCCGAGGCAGGGGGUAACUGUACGAUCUGAAAUGGGUAGCAACACCCCAGCACAACCACCUUUGAGGCCAUUGACUCGUUCUUCAACAAGAGUUUUCGCUGUAACGGAAGAUGAAGCACGAGUCCGAUCUGGAGAAAGUGAGUGAAAAGUUAGACGAAGGUGUAAAAUAGUGAUAGGGGAUGUAAAUACCAAGUGAUGGACGUGUAAAUAAAGGUUUCAAGAAUAAUAUAGUAAAUGAGUUCAUAUGGAAUAUGGUUGUAAGAAUUUCUUACUAUAUUGUGGAAAUUAGAACUCAAAAAUACUUGAGGUAUACAAAGUUCAAAUGAACUUAAAUCUUAAGCAAUAAAUUGAUGUCGAAAUA